AUGGAGAGCCCUGGGCCUCCGGGCACGCCGAUGAGGAGGCUCCGCGCGCGCCAGGAGGACUACAACUCCCGGGGGGAAGCGCGGCGGACGGGGCGGUCCGUGGUGGUGCCCGCAGGACCCCAGAGCAGGCGCGGGCUGCCCGGCGCGGCGCCCGCAGGACCCCAGCGGCUACCCAUGCUGAGGCUGCUCGUGGCGCCGCCGCUGCCGGCCGCCGACGCGGCGCACGAGUUCACCGUGUACCGCAUGCAGCAGUACGACCUGCAGGGGCAGCCGUACGGCACUCGGAACGCAGUGCUCAACACGGAGGCACGCACCAUCGACGCGGACGUGCUGAGUCGCCGCUGCGUGCUCAUGCGGCUGCUGGACUUCUCCUACGAGCAGUACCAGAAGGCCCUGCGGCAGUCGGCCGGCGCCGUGGUCAUCAUCCUGCCGCGGGCCAUGGCCGCUGUGCCCCAGGACGUCAUCCGGCAAUUCAUGGAGACGGAGCCUGAGAUGCUGGCCAUGGAGACCGUGGUCCCUGUGUACUUCGCCGUGGAGGACGAGGCCCUGCUGUCCAUCUACGAGCAGACGCAGGCCGCGUCCGCCGCCCAGGGCUCCGCCUCCGCCGCCGAAGUGCUGCUCCACACCGCCACUGCCAACGGCUUCCAGAUGGUCACCAGCGGGGUCCAGAGCAAGGCCGUGAGCGACUGGCUCAUCACCAGCGUGGAGGGGCGGCUGACCGGGCUGGGCGGAGAGGACCUUCCCACCAUCGUCCUCGUCGCCCACUACGAUGCCUUCGGAGUGGCCCCUUGGCUGUCCCACGGUGCAGACUCCAACGGGAGUGGCAUCUCGGUGCUGCUGGAGCUGGCCCGCCUCUUCUCCAGGCUCUACACCUACAAGCGCACCCACGCCGCGUUCAACCUGCUGUUCUUUGCUUCUGGAGGGGGCAAGUUCAACUACCAGGGGACCAAGCGCUGGCUGGAAGACAACCUGGACCACACAGAUUCUAGCCUGCUCCAGGACAACGUGGCCUUCGUCCUGUGCUUGGACACCGUGGGCCGCGGGGACAGCCUGCACCUUCACGUGUCCAAGCCGCCCAGGGAGGGGACGCUGCAGCACGCCUUCCUGCGGGAGCUGGAGACGGUGGCCGCGCACCAGUUCCCGGAGGUGCGGUUCUCAAUGGUGCACAAGAAGAUCAACCUGGCGGACGACAUCCUGGCCUGGGAGCACGAGCGCUUCGCCAUCCGCCGGCUGCCCGCCUUCACCCUGUCCCGCCUGGAGAGCCACCGCAGCGGCCAGCGCAGCAGCAUCAUGGACGUGCGGUCCCGGGUCGACUCUAAGACGCUGACCCGAAACACCAGGCUCAUCGCAGAGGCCCUGACCCGAGUCAUCUACAACCUGACUGAGAAGGGCACCCCCCCAGAUAUGCCGGUCUUCACGGAGCAGAUGCAGAUCCAGCAGGAGCAGCUGGACUCGGUGAUGGACUGGCUCACCGACCAGCCCCGGGCGGCGCAGCUGGUGGGCAAGGACGGCCCGUUCCUCAGCACGCUGGAGCACUACCUGAGCCGCUACCUGAAGGAGGUGAAGCAGCACCACAUCAAGGCCGACAAGCGGGACCCCGAGUUUGUGUUCUACGACCAGCUGAAGCAGGUGAUGAACGCUUACAGGGUCAAGCCGGCCAUCUUCGACCUGCUGCUGGCCGUCUGCAUCGGCGCCUACCUCGGGAUGGCCUACACGGCGGUCCAGCACUUCGACCUCCUGUACAGAACGGUCCAGAGACUGCUCGUGAAGGCCAAGACGCAGUGACGCGCCGCCCACCGCCCGCCCCGAGAUGCAGCGGCCAGUGCCCGAGUCACAGGGCUGCCCUGUGCGAGGACCUGGGGACUCUCUCUUUUCUGUCCCACGAACUCUGGGAUGAGCGUUUGGUGGGGGCCUCGGGGCCGGGCCAUGGACUUGGGGACAAGUCUGGGGACGAAACCCCGCCCCGGAGGCAGCCCCCCGGCCCUCCAGGCUCAUGGGCUGUGGGAUGACGGGGAGGCGCCCGACGGCAGGCUGAGGGGCAGGGGGCCGCCUGGUGACGCGGACGCCUGGCCUGUCGCCUGCCGGGCAGCGCCGGCCCCUCCCUCGGAGAUUGGGUCCCCCCACCCCGCUGGGGCCGAGGGGCGCCGCGUGCCUCGGAGGCGGCCUUGGAACACGGGUGCCCCGAGCCCCAUGCCUCCCCCGGCCUUUGCCCUCCUGCCGCGCCUGUCACUUGGGCCUGUCCCGCGGAGACCCGGCGCCCCGGGGGUGGGAGGCAGGCGUGGAGGAGAGAGGAGGCGCCCUGGCCAUCGGCCCCUUCCCUCGGGCUCUCUGGGCCUCAGGUUCCUCGCCUGGGGCGUGGAGGACGUGUUCCCAGGCAGCCGGUGCCCCUGCGUCCUAGGAUGGCGUCCAGGCUGGUGGUCCAGGAGAGCGUUUGCUGGAGUCGUGGGCGCGGGGCCCACGGGGCUGCCCUUCCCAGGACCUGGGACCUGGAGAGGAAGGUCCGGGCCUGAGCCCCACAAAUCAGGCUCCUUGUAAGGGAGGGUCCAGGGGGCCUCCAGUGCUGCUGAGAUUGACCUCAGGGAGACCCAGGAGAACCGAUUCAUUAGCAAUAUAAUCAGUGAGGCGGUCGGUGCUGAGGGCAGGGUCCGCAUGGGGAGCCGGGCUCAGGCACCCGCCUCAGCCCCCGGGGAGGCCUUGGAGGGUCUGGAGGGGGGGCCGUUCCCUCCCAUGUCCCCCCCCCAGUUCUUCCCAGAAGCCAGUUCACCACUCACUGCGGGGACAGGCUCCUGGGGACUGCGUCUCUGUCUCCACCUGCGGCCUCCUGCCUUCGCCAAGCCAGACUGUCCCCGUCCCAGGUCCAGGGAGGGGCCAGUGUGGGGGCCACAGGCGCUCCUGCCUCUGCCUGCCUCGCCCCCCAUGGGCGGCCGUCUCCCCCAGAGGCUGUUCGCUGAGUGCCCAGCCACCUCUGGGGGCAGGAUGGGAGGACCAGCGUUGGCUCGCCAGCGCGCCGGUCCAGUGGGUGUGCCUCCUGCCGGGCGGCCGCGGGGACGGUGACUGUUCAGAGCACCGGCUGGUUGGGACGGACUUGGACGAUCAGAAAAUAAAGCCAUACUGAAUGACCCGC